AUUAUCGGAUGCCACGGAAAUUUUACAUGUUGAGGUGUCCGGGCCACCUUACAAACCUGAAAAGAAACAUACAGUCGGAGAUGCCAAAAAAUUACUCAUGAUGGCCGUUUGCAACUUGUCAUCCAAGCAAUUGGACUUGUUGAAAAAAAAAAAGUAUUUAGCCCUAGAAUUAGCUUCAUGUAUAAUUCCUUUUUCUUUUGAAGCCAUCAUGUGUUAUUCAAAAAUCUUUAAUUUUUUUGCGGUUAUAAGAAACGAAUUCAUAGAACGAGAAAAGAUUCAGAAAAAAAUUCGAUGUUUUAUUCCUUCAGUUGAAGAUGAUACAGGUGAUUUACGAGAAUGGAUAAAUUUACCUGAUGAAGUAACAGAAGAUGAUAUGGAUGAACUCCUUUUAUAUGAUGUUCAAUAA